AUGCAGUUAGACACACAUUAUGAUUGGCCAUUGAAGCGAGUGACGGAAGAUGCCGAAGCCGCUUUACAACAUGCAAUUCUCAUUACAGCCAGACCUACCAUCUUACAUUGUUACUUACCCAUUAAGCUCAAUGCUCAUCUCAAAAUGGAACCACUUUCGCCUACUCAUCGUGAUACAGACUCCAACGCAGGUCCGUCUGGUGCACCACGUCGUCGCAUUGUCAGGACCAGAAACGGUUGUCUCACGUGUAGAAAGCGACGAAUCAAGUGCGACCUAGGAAAGCCGGAAUGUGCUCGAUGUGUGAAGUACUGUGCAGAAUGUUCGUAUCCAGCAAAACAGAAAAUCCAAUCACUACGAUUCAUACAGCCUGCUCCCAGCUUACCAUCGACCCCUCGUACAGUCAACACACCUCAGACCUCCCAGAUUGAGGAACUUCUCCAUAUUCCAAGGGCCACAUCAUGUCCCCAUGAAGAGAUCGCGUCAGCUACUCUUGAGCAGCGUGUGCUGCUCGUUCCAGCAAGCGAUAAUGAUACAUCACUUGUGCCCAUACCACCAACACACUUCGCAACUAGUCCAGCGGCUGCAACUCCCAUCGGAGUGAUUAGAAAUACAUCCUCACUAGGAUGGCAAGCGACACUGGAAGCUCUAGGACCAGUCGAUAGGUUGUUGGCAGUAUGUCGAAAUACCCGUAUGGGAUCGUUCUUCCUGCAGCCCUGCGCUCCUCCUGACUUCCUUCGUUCUUUCUUCCCAUCAAGUGAUGAUCUGCAAUGCUUUCACCAUUGCGUCACCUACUCCCUAUCUAUUAUCGUGGUCUCUGAGGAUCGGAACCCGUGGAUAGAGGAAGUCGCGCCGCUGUUCAUGGCAAACGAGACUGAUGGGUCUGGAAGCGAAGCACUCAAGUACGCUAUGCUUUCACUGGGUGCUGUUCACCUAUCGUACUUGAGAGGACGAGACGGCGAUACCGCGGCCAGUAAUCAAACAAGAUCCUUGGCUUUACAAUACCGAACAACGACUAUCCGGAUCUUACGCCAAAAUCUCCGCAAUUGUGCCAAGAUUCAUCAUCCAACGUUUUUGUCGGCUUGUUUUUUGACUCUGACUGCGGACCUCCUUUCCGCCAACGCGAGGUGGAGGGAACCUUUCAGAAUGGUUAAAAGAUCUAUCGACAGUGCUGGUGGUCUCAGCAUGCUCUUUCUUGCAAGUGCAUCGGUCAAUCCAGCUUUGAAAUGCGCGACAGAGGCAUUGGUCAAUCUCAGUGUAUUAGCCUCUCUCUCCACUGGCGAAAACUACAGCAUGCUCGUUGAAGAUGGAGACCCUGAGAAGAUACCACCGUGGUGGACCCAGCUGGAGGAGGCGGAGAGCAGACAAUCCAGCCUGAGACCGUUUGAAGCAUCUUGCGGUAUAUCUCGCUCCAUCAUCUCGCGCUUUUCCUCGUUAUUAGCCAUGAUGCCAAAAUCAGAACUUUGGCAACACUUCGAUGCGCCAGCGGCUGAUCGCAUAGAGACUGACUGGUAUGAGUUGAUCACUGCAGAUAACUUUGAGCGGAAAGACCAACGUACUCAGAGUGGGUCAUUAGCAAUUUGGCAGGCAGGAAAGAUUUUAAUAUUCCGCAAACUCCGUGGACUGCCAAGAGAAGACCCGCGAGUCCAGGACGCGGCUGCUGGAAUCUUGACUUUAUGUGCGUCUGUGGGAGAUAAGAUCGAAUACCUCAACUGGCCUCUGAUCAUCGCUUGCUCAACUCUAAUUGACCCUACAAAACGCAACACCGCGCGGGCGCAACUGAAAUCGUUUGUUCCUCAAUGUUGCUACGAGAUAGAAGUUGUACAGAUGAUCUGCGAAGAGAUGUGGGCCAGAAUAGACGAUGGCGAGGACGAUGAAGCUUGCGGUUGGGUGGAAAUCAUGAUUGAGGCUGGCAGUCCGGUGUUGAUUGGUUAA